AUGUCAUAUUCGGACGGCAGGGCGUCGUCCAGCCGUGGAUCGGGAAACAGUCGAAAUUCUGUUAAAUCCAAAUUUGAUUCGGAAUGGAGAAGAUUUUCUCUGACAGCAGAAAGUCCAGAAGUCUAUUCUUAUGACAGUUUUCGUGCUCUCGUAGAGAAGUUACAUCAUCUCGAGAAUGUUCCUUUCACAUUAUGUUAUAACUCAGCUGGUGGAGACCUGCUCCCAAUCACUAACGAUGAAAAUCUCCGUAAAUCAUUCGAGUCUGCUCGCCCAACUCUUCGCCUUCUUAUCCAGCGAAAAGGCGAGUCGUGGGAGGAGAAGUACGGCUACGGUACCGAUAGCGAUAGGAGAAGGAAAGGCCUUUCUGCAUUGAUACCUGUACAGAAAGCGCCAAGAAGGAAUUAUUCAAUAUCAAAUCCCGAAGAUUUUCGACAAGUUUCUGCCAUCAUUGACGUCGAUAUUGUACCAGAAGCUCAUCGUCGAGUGCGUCUUUGCAAACAUGGGUCCGACAGGCCUCUUGGAUUCUAUAUCAGAGAUGGAACAUCGGUUAGAGUGACAGAACGUGGUGUCGCAAAGGUCCAAGGUAUAUUCAUCUCUCGUCUCGUGGACGGUGGCCUAGCUGAAUCCACCGGUCUUCUUGGCGUUAAUGAUGAGGUGCUCGAAGUCAACGGAAUCUAUGUGCAAGGCAAAACUCUCGAUCAGGUUACUGAUAUGAUGGUGGCAAAUGCUCAUAACCUUAUCAUCACAGGUGAGCCUUCUUUGAAUCAUGAUGCCAAAGACCUGUAA